GCACUCCUCUACUCUCUCUGCACGACGUCUAAAUUAUGUGCCACUCGCGCAACCAUCUCCACACCAUGACUGGCCUGAGGGCCCCUUCUUCAGCUCCCUCCACCGGCCCGGAACUCCGGCGGGGCUCUGGUCCCGAGAUUUUCACCUUCGACCCUCUCCCGGAGCGGGCCGUAGUGUCCACCGCGCGUCUGAACACUUCUCGCGGGCACCGAAAACGCAGCCGAAGGGUGCUCUACCCUCGAGUGGUCCGGCGCCAGCUACCAACCGAGGAACCCAACAUUGCCAAGAGGGUCCUCUUUCUCCUGCUCGCCAUCAUCUUCUGCCAGAUUUUGAUGGCUGAAGAGGGUGUGUCGCAGCCCCUGGCUCGGGAGGAUGCUACCAGCGCCGUGACACCUGAGCCCAUUUCUGCGCCCAUUACUGCGCCCCCGGUCCUCGAGCCUUUGAACCUGACCUCGGAGUCCUCGGACUAUGCGCUGGAUCUUAAAGCUUUUCUCCAGCAACAUCCGGCGGCCUUCUAAACGCGAUGGGUCACAGUCCGAAGAAACAAAGGCACCAUGGGUACCUGGUGCGCGAGAACGUAUCCCAAACUGGGAUUUCUAAGGCAACGCUAACUCAGAACACUACCGCCAAGAGGCACCGUGGGUCCUGGCUAGGCCCACUGGGGACGGACAGAAACUUUCUCCGUGUCUAAUUAAUAUUUAUGUAUUUAUGUAUAUCCUCCUAUGUGGAGGGGUGUAUGUAAUAUUUAUUCUAACUUAUGCAGGGGUGCGAGAUAUGCUUCCCUGCUGUAACACAGAUAUUUAUUACGAUUUCUAGGGUCGGUAAGACAGAGUUGUGGGAGGGAGGACCCGGGUGGUAGGAGUCCCAGCUUGGGGAUUAGUUUUGGGGGGGGCAUAAGAUUAGGGGUAACACUCCGUCUUCCAGCACUUCAACUCUGUAGUCUGUUGUAAGGCUUUGGAAGACCCUUGGGAAUCCGGCCUUUGAUGUCUUCUGGUUGCUUCUCAGGGGCAGCUGCAGGAGUCUUGGGUCCAUGGAUUGUCAGAGGGCGGCUGUCUGGGGUCGCCUAGUAUGUUCUGUGAACACGAAUAAACUUGAUUUGCCUGUCAUUAUUA